AUGAAGCCAUUAAACUCUAAACAGUCUAAGCAAAAAAAUAAUAGCCAUCCCACCACUGCUGCUGCUAAUUGUCUGACAAGUGGGAGUCGCCAAUGGUCUUGGAGAGAUUCAAAUGAAAUAGAGCAAAAACAUGAAGACGAUGAUAAUGUAACAAAGGAUGGCAAACGAAAAGACAAAGACCUUCCCGAAGUCUCGAUAAAUAAAAAAACCAAAAAAGCUAAAUUCCAAAUAUUUGUUACCGACGAAACAGCAGAUCUUAAUACACGAAAGCCUGAAACAAAUCAAGAUUUUGAACGAGCUCUGCUUGGCUCACCGAAUUCUUCGGUGCUUUGGUUACAAUACAUGGCACAUCAAGUUGGUAUGGGAGAAAUACAAAAAGCACGUGAAAUUGGUGCGCGUGCCUUGGAAACAAUUAAUCUUGUGGAGGAAACAGAACGAAUGAAUGUUCACAAAGCUCUUAUUAGUUUGGAGGUGCAGUUUGGUAGUGAGGAAGAUGUUUCAAGAGUAUUUACGAGUGCGUUGCAGGUUUGUAAUGCGAAACCAUUAUACUUCACUUUGGUUGAUGAUUAUGAAAUACAUGGAAAAAUUAAGGCAGCCGAGGAUGCAUAUCGAAAUAUGAUAAAGAAAUUUCCCGAAGAUCUAGAAGUGUGUUCAAAAUUCGGGUUAUUUUUAUUCAAGCAGAGUAAAAUCGAAAUUGCUAGAGAAUUACUUAAAGCAUGUUUAAAAAGAUUUGAAAAGCGUGAUCAGAUCCAAAUAACCAUAAAGUUUGCCACAAUGGAAUUCAAACACGGCGAAGCGGAACGAGGGCGCACAAUUUUUGAACAUUUGGUGCAAGCUAACCGUAAACGUUCCGAUAUUUGUGCAUUGUUUGAACGCGCGACUGCAAUAAAUUAUUCAUCAAAAGUGAUGAAAUUUUUUUUAAAUAAAUGGGUGAAAUUCGAGGAAGAAUUUGGUACAAUAGAACACGUUGAAAAAGUUAAAUUAAAAGCUAUAGAUUAUGUCGAUUCGAAACGAACCGAUAACGAUCGAGUGGUUUUGAUGAUAUAA